AGGAAGAGUUCAUUUCACCGGUAUGAUUUGCAUCGUAGGAAUUAUUUUAUUUGCAGGCGCCGUUUGCGGUGCCGAUUUGGAGCCAAAUUUUGCUAAUGGACGCAUCGUCGGAGGGUCUAACACUGACAUCAAAUUUCACCCCUAUCAGGUGUCUGUGCAACGAAAUGGCCGGCACUUCUGCGGUGGGUCCAUCAUCCACGCCAACUACAUUCUCACCGCAGCCCACUGCACGGGGUACUCGGGCACAUACAGCGUGCGCGCGGGCACCAGCCUCAACGGCAGGGGAGGGCUGGAGGUGGGCGUGGCGGAGGAGGAAGGCGCCGCUCCCCUCGUCCUGCAGGAAGUGGAGUUGCCCCUCCUGGACAACGCCGCCUGCAAGAAGUACUACCCUCUGCGCAUCACCUCGCGCAUGGUCUGUGCUGGCUACGCGGAAGGAGGGCGCGACGCCUGCCAGACGUGGAACCAAAACUUCUUCGCCAUGAUCAGGGCCGUGGUCGUUCUUUUGCUUGUGAGCGCAGUGUACGGUUCUGAAUCAGGAACCCAGUUUUCCAAUGGACGCAUCGUUGGGGGUCGUGACACUAACAUAAAAUUUUACCCCUUCCAGGUCUCUUUGCAAUUGAAUGGCAGUCACUGGUGUGGGGGAUCUGUCAUCAGUGCAAACUACAUCCUUACAGCAGCCCACUGCAUGGGAUAUGAUGUAUGA